AUGAUUCACACGUUUGCACCCAGCUCUCACGCUCCCACAAGGCCGUUUUGUGAUUCAACGACACGACUCAAGCACUCUCUUUGGAACGACAUCUGUCAACAACCAACUCUUGCUGCCAAUCGUCCACAUUACGCAAAGCGUGUUUCGGAUUCAACGACCCAGCUACAGCAAUGUAUUCAAAACGUACUCAACGUCUUAAACGAGCGUGCCGUUGUCUUGACUCGUUGCGCCAACUUUGCUGCUGCUCUUCGUGAUGCGACCGCCAUGCAAGAACUUUCGCCAUUGUCACCUCUUGGCUAUUUACGUGAAGCCGCUAUUUACAGCGAACAAGGUAGACAGCAAGCUGUUAUAGACAUAUCCAACGAGGGGCUCAGUGUUGUUGAUAUCACUGAUCCUGGAUACAGCAAGCUUGAAGAAGUUAAAAUGGUCGCUAUGCAACGUGUUACCUGUCGCAUUGAUUUUAUCGGCCAACUCCCGCUUGACGUUGUGACAGAUGUGCUUUUCCCGAUGCUUUUGGGUGAUGAUGAUGGAACAUUGGACGGCAAGAAGCCAUGUCCCUAUUUGGAUGUCUCAAAGAGGUGGCUUGAUCGUGCCAUUGAGGCAGGUGGUGGUGGAUUGCAUUUCAACAUAGCCAGCGAGAACACCUACGACGAGCUUAUUCGAUUUGCUCAACAUACAAAGGCAAUACACGGUACCAUUCAUGCAGGUGUUGGUGGAUUGCAUUUCAACGUAGCCAACCAGAACGCCUACGCCGAAGUCAUUCGACACGCUCAGCAUACAAAGUCAAUACGUAUUGAACUCUAUCAGCAAGGAAAUUGGCUCUCUGAAUUAUUUCAUCGUGCAAACCUAUGCUUUUUGCGGGAGUUAACGAUUCAAGGCCUCGACGAGUAUUCUACCGAUGCGGAUCACCUUGUUUCAUCACUAAAAUCCGUCGGCAGCACUUUGACUCAUUUGACUUUUACGACGACCAGUCGAAUGCUCAUGCUACAAAUGAUACGACUUGGUAGACCGGGUCUACCCGAACGACCUCUACGUGUAGCAGACAUCUUGAUCAAUUGCCCCCAUUUGGUGAUGUUGCAUAUUGACUAUCCAUUCGAUACCGAUUUCAGUGCGAUCCCAUUGACAAAGACAUGGCCACAACUCACAACCUUACGUAUGGACUAUUAUAACGGCGUCACUCUCAAUGGACAAUUCUUAGCCAUAUUGAAGCGGUUUCCUUCACUCAAGAAGCUUGUGCUUCAUCGAUGUAUUGAAACACAACCCAUGACAAUGAUACAACGCUAUUGCCCUUCCAUGAGAGAUCUUCAACUCAGGAUAAAACACACUGAAUCAUCAUCAUCAUCAUCAUCACCAUCAUCAGAACGAUUUGAACAACAACAUCAAGAGCAGUGGAUGAGAGGACACCGUGGUGGAUUGGAGAAAAUAUCGAUUUCCCAAGAUUCACGAAGCGGUGAUGCUUGGAUGGAUAUGGGCAAGGUGCUACAGCAACAUCACAAUACGCUUGUUCACCUCGAGUUGAGUUUGGAUUAUGCAGGCAACAAUGAUGAUGAUCUUUUCAACCUAGAAUUUCCUUGUCUUAAAACACUCGCUCUUCAAUGCCAUGGUUCGGACAAUGCUUGCUUUGGAUGGUGGAUUAUGGGGAAAGCACCGUUCCUUGAGGAAUUGAGCAUCACUACAUGGGCCAUCGCAUCGCAUCCUACCGUUCUCGAUAUCAUACCACCAUGCACUCUAAGAAAACUAGACAUCAAUUUACUUGGUAUCAAGGAGCCAACAACCAUCGAGAGGUACCUCAACCAAUUUGCGCAACAAAAGGAAUGGCCUUCGCUAAAGGAGCUCAAGAUACAUUGUGACUUUGAUGGGGAUAUUCCUGCGACCAUUGUUGCUUCUAUAUGCAGCUUGAAAAGUCUUCAGCAUUUGGCAAUAUCUUCUUCGCGACUAACGAGGCUAUCGGGAUUGGAUCAUUUUACAAAAAUGCUUGCUGAAGGGUGCCCGCUCUUGCUAUCUCUUGAAUUGAAGGACAACAUGCCGCCGUCUUCUCAUGUAAUCAAGCCCCUGAAAGGACUUCAACAUCUGCGACACCUCGCUUUUCAUAUGGAUUGCUCUGAUAAUUAUACCGAUUUAUGGGAUGCAUUUCGAACGCUUUCGCAGCUAAAGUCUAUCCGGCUCUUUUCGAUGCGUGAUAGGGUGAACCACAAGUUCAUUGAAUACCUCAAAGAUCAAAGACCUGAUAUAAAAGUUGUGACCCCCCGCUGA